AUGGAGAAUCGACUUCGCCUGAGCAAGCAGGACGGGAGCGUGUUUGUGGAUGAAACGAAGUACCAGAGUGUAAUUGGUAGCCUCCGCUACCUGGUCAAUACGCGGCCGGACAUUGCUCACGUGGUGGGUAUUGUAAGCCGGUAUAUGAAGAGGCCAAGCAUACAACACUGGGCUGCGAUCAAGCAGAUACUCUGGUACAUACAAGGGACACAAAACUAUGGGUGUCACUACAAGUCGGGAGGAGGAGAGGUUGCUUUGGUUGGGUACAGCGACAGCGAUUUCGCCGGUGAUGUCGACGACCGGAAGAGCACCUUUGGGAUAGUUUUCUUCGUCGGAAGCAGCAUUGUGACAUGGACCUCACAGAAGCAGAAGAUCGUCGCUUUGUCUUCCUGUGAGGCUGAAUAUGUUGCGGCGGCGACUGCAGCUUGCCAAGGCAUCUGGCUCAGUCGUCUCAUCGGUGAGCUAGUCGGGCGUGAAGAACUAAUGUUCAAACUGCUGGUGGAUAACAAGUCGGCCAUUGCUCUCUGCAAGAACCCAGUGCAUCAUGAGAGGAGCAAGCACAUUGACACCAAAUUUCAUUACAUCCAGGACUGUAUCGAGGCCGGCAAGAUGGACGUCGACCACGUUGGAACUGAUGGCUAG